AACAACCCGGUCAAGCGGAGUCUCUUAAUAAUAUGAUAUGGCAGCCUUACCCAAAAAGGAGUAACUCCAACCUCUUUGUUGUUUUGCUUGACUGAGAAAUCUUAGUUUUUGGGAUGUUGAAGAUGGCUCUGAUUCCUCUGUUUGUUCUCUUCUUUCUCAUCAGUCAUUCUGUGCUUCCAAGCUCCGGUCAUAAAGAGAAUGAGUCCCCUUUUAACAUUACGAUGAACCCUGAAUGCGGGGUGCUCAGAGGGAAAUGUUCAGAAGAUGGAGGGAGGAUGAUCCAAUUGAAACCAGAAGGGCACUGGUAUAGAGUUGAGGACAUCUCUCAGCCACAUUCUGUAGUUUCUAUUCUCGUCAAGGACAAAGCAGAGCACGAGGAUUUACUCGAUCCUUGUAAAUUGAUGAAUGAAUACUCCCUUCCCAGCCCUACUGAUGAUUCAUCGCAUUUCUCUUUCUAUAACUAUACAGCUGACAAUCUUAGCGUUACUUCGAAAGAUUUUUACAAGUGCGGAGAGUAUGAUUUCUACUGCAAUCCUCCAGACGAACAACAAUGUCAAAAUAUCACGCUUCCAUUUUCUCUUCCAGAUCCACCUCAAUCUUAUUAUCAUCCAGAUCCUAUUAAUUUCACUUUUCGAUUGAAUAUAAGUCUCGAAUGUUUUGGUUGUGACGUGGGAGGAGGGGAAUGCCACAGUGCUCUCCUAAAUCAAUUUCAAUUUCAGUGUGCUUUGCCCGCUUCAAAAGGACUAAGCAAGAAACAAAAGUUGGUACUAGGACUAGGAGUAGGAUUCUGUAUUGGAGUUCUUUUUGCAGUAAUCGGCUUGGGAAUCAUUAUGUGGCGCAGGAAACAAAAACGUGUUGCUUUAAGGAACAUAGCGGAUCCGAAAUAUGUGAAUAUGGAGGAUCCAGAGGGGAGUAGUGGCUAUCUUGGGGUCCUUGUCUUUUCUUACCAAGAUCUCUCUGAAGCCACUAAUAACUUCGCUGCUGAAAAAGAACUUGGACAUGGAGGUUUUGGAUCUGUUUACCAUGGCAAACUCAAAGAUGGGAGAGAAGUAGCAGUGAAACGCUUAUACGAGUACAACUCUAAAAGAGUUCAAGAACAAUUUAUAAACGAGAUUGAAAUUCUGACCCACUUGCGCCACAAAAACUUGGUAUCUCUUUAUGGUUGCACUUCACGCCAGUGCCGGGAACUCCUCCUCGUCUACGAGUACAUCCCCAAUGGCACAGUUGCCGAUCAUCUCCACGGAGAACAUGCGAAAACCAGCCCCUUAACCUGGCCAAUCCGUCUGAGCAUCGCCAUUGAAACAGCCAGUGCUUUGGCCUACCUCCAUGCUUCUGAAAUAGUCCACCGUGAUGUCAAGACCAACAACAUCCUCCUAGACAAAUAUUUCUGUGUUAAAGUUGCGGAUUUUGGCAUAUCACGACUGUUUCCUAACGAUGUCACUCACGUCUCAACUGCUCCACAAGGGACCCCUGGCUACGUCGAUCCAGAAUAUCACCAAUGUUAUCAACUGACUAGUAAAAGUGAUGUUUAUAGUUUUGGUGUAGUUCUGAUCGAGCUCUUAUCAUCCUUGCCUGCGGUUGAUAUAACAAGACAUAGGCAUGAGAUUAAUCUCGCUAACUUAGCAAUAUGCAAGAUUCAAACAAGUGCUUACAAUGAGUUGAUUGAUCAGAAUCUUGGGUUUGAUUCAGAUACAGAAGUUAGAACGAUGACCAUUGCAGUAGCAGAGUUGGCUUUUGAAUGUUUGCAACAAGAUAAGGAAAUGAGGCCUACAAUGGAUGAAGUUUUGGAGAGACUAAGGAUAAUUAAAGAUGGGAAAAUUCAGACUCAGGUUGUUGAUUGUUUGUGACUGAGAAAUGGCCAAUAAUACGUCUAGCUUGUUAUAAUGUAGAAAAUGUAGAAAGUGGUGCAUGAAGGAUAAGAUUUUAUUUCAAAACCAAUUGGUGAUGAGUGGAGUAACUCAUGCUCUUAUAAAUGGUAUGAUAAUCCUCUCUUUGUGUAGAAGUUGGCCAAUAGGGUAUUGUUGUAACUAAUGGCUUGGAUUUUUUGUUUUGCUUCCUUGUCCUCUUGAAAUGAAGCAACUUUGUUGGACACAUUCCCGGAGUAGUUCGGGAAUGAAUCGUGAGCUACAACGAUCAAAGACGGAAAUCUCAUACACCCAUACAUUAUACCUAGUAUAGUACGAUUCGAAAAGACUAUAAAUUCUGUUUCACGGCUCUCUACUUUCUUUAUCCUCAUCAUUUCUGCCAUUUCUGAAUUAUCCUGUAUACUUUUCAUGUGGGAUUCUAUUAUCCAACAUUGCUACCGCAUCAAAUUUUCAGUGACUACAAAUUCUAUAUUUUACUCUUACUUUUGCAAAAA